AUGACCAAAAUCCCAGUCCUCAAAUCAAGCUCAAGGAUGCCACCAGCAGCGUCGUUUGCUCAACGAUGGGCUCGUGACAACCUGACCAGAGAAGCGUCUCCAGAAGAACUGGUGGUCCUGGGUCUCUUUCCCAUCACCUGUGAGGGGAAUGAGGCUGAAGCUGCCAAGAGAGCGAGGAGGUACUACACAGCCAGAGGCCCUGGGGGACUGACGGAGUUGUGGCACAAGAGGCAUCCUGAUGAUGAAGAGAUUCUAUCUAGCUGUCAAGAUGUAUACAUAGUUCCACUUCGAUCUCGUAGUCUGGGAGGAAGACGAGUUACCUUGGUCCGACUACCAGCACACAACGCAUUGGACAGGCCGAUCUCAGCUAAAGCGUUGCUGUCCAGAUGGCUAAUGAUAUUGGACAUCAGACUUCGAGAAGAUCCAACUCCUGGUGAGGAAGUGAUUUUCAUCGACGUAGCUGAUCUCCAACCAACACACAUCAAGAGCCACUUCAGAGGCACAUACUGGAAAGACUUCGUUUGGUGUAUGAAGACUGCUUAUCCACUCCGCAUUGCAGAGGUCCACGUUAUCAAUACUCAGCGCUUGAAGACCAUGUCUCUCCUCUUACUUCACAUUGGCCUGUACCCAUGGAGACGUAAAGUGGUGCAGCUUCAUGGCACUUCAGACAGCAUUGAGGAUGCUUUGGGUUCAGACCGAUUGGCUGUAGAAUCUCUACCUUAUGAAUAUGGUGGAAGAGCUGGACUUAUGAAAGACCUUAAUGACGAAUGGACAAAGAAAAUGCUAUCAAACUCAAAAUGGCUUCAAAAAGAGGAGCGAAAAUUCUACGAUACAGAUCUCAAGCCUGAGGGGCGGGCUCGCACCCGUCACCGGAGCGCAGUACGAACGUUGCGCGGGAGCAAUGGAUCCUAUGAUAUGGUCACUCGAACACAUUCGUGUCGUUCACUGCAUCGACACGAUGACCUUGAUGAAGGGACCCAUGGUGCUUAUAGGACAUUAAAAGUGACCAGAUAGAGGGAGCUGAAGAUUUUGAUGUGUUUGUAUUAUAAAUCUCGUCAGAUGUAUUAAAUUUGUUAUUAUUAACUGCCUAUUUAUGAUUGACAAAGCAACUCGACUGGCUACACUCAAACGUUUGGGUAUUUUCCUUAAUCGAUUAUUUUUUACUUUUCAGUACUAUUUAACUUUCAGGUAUAAUCGGUUUUCAUUACUGAUUCGGUAAUAUAGAUACUUACUUUGUUGACGAAUUUCUCUUUAUUUAUAGAUAUUUUUAUAAGAAAUAAUUGUCAAUAGUUGCCAAUGAAAAUGUCUGUGUUUCAUACAAAGUGCAAAUAAAAUUAUCGUUUAACGUAUGGCGUUUCAAUAAAAGUUUAAAUUUUUACUAGCUGUUAACUACCGGAUUGUUUGUACUGAAAAUCAUAUUAUAAAUGGUCCCGAUAUGGUGUGAUAUUCUUUCAAGUAUUGUUUGUUAUAAUAUGUAAGUUAUGUAU